AUGUCAUCCACGACCACCUACUCCUCGAUCUUCCACCCCUACCUUUCCCCUUCCUUGUCCGCUCUCCUUGCCCACCUCCCUCCAUCCACCCCUCUGGAUACGUUGAGCCGGACGCCUCCGUCGCGCCUCCAACGCACCGCCCUCCCCAACAUCGGUCUAAUAGAGCUCGUCUCUGCGACCGAUUUCUCGGCGUUGUAUGACCCGCUCUACACCCACAGUUUCCCCCGCGUGACCGAGCGGGAACGGUCAGAUCUGAUCGUCGAGCGCCUUGCGGCUCAAGCGGAGGGCGAGAGGAAAGGUCUGGCGCCUUAUCGAAUCGUCGGGAUCAGAGACCACCAGGGCGAGGCGAUUGGGGCCGCGCAAUUCAGUGUCCUCCCGGUUCCGCCCCGGACAGGAAUCAAGAGCACGAUAUGUAAUGGUGCCGACAAUGGAGACUCUAUCACCAACGACAGCGACGACGACAGCUUAGGCAAAGGGUCGAAAUACGCCGUGCCGUACCUGCAAUACAUCUACGUCCGUCGUCAGAACCGCCGCCAAGACAUGUCCGAAGUCCUGCACACGAUGGUCCUCGCCGUUGCUGCCGCGGACGCCGCCCUGAUGGACGCCGAGGACCGAGAUCUUUCCAGUACUUCACCCGGUGCGGUGCCGCCCGUCACGCGAAGCGUGCCCUUCACUCUCUUCGAGACCGAGCCGCCAGACCACGGUGACGACCACGCCAGCAGAGCGUACGCACUGGAGCGGUCCAAGAUCCAUACCUCGACGGGCGGCAUGGCGCUCGUGCUGCGUCGACCCCGCGGGCGUUCUUCCGCCUCCGGUCGCGACGACUACCACCACGAGGAAGAAGAAGACGAGAUCCUCAGCGCCCACGUCCAGCCGGGCCUGGAACCGCUCGACCCGCCCCUGACGCUCGUCUGGAUCAUCCGUCCCGCACCCACUGCCACACCGGGGCAGGACUACGACCUCACGAGUCUCGGCAAGGCCCUCGUCGCGGCCUACUACCAGAGCUUGAGGGACGAGGGGUUUCCCGAGGCCAACAUCGCGCUCGCCGAAUGCAUGGUGGAACAGAGGUGCAAGGGUAGCAUCUUCCAAUUGAUGCCCUUGGGCGACGUGAGGGACUUUGGUGCGGAUAACAGGGAAUUUAGAGAUUAA